AUGCGUCUACAACCGGGUCGGGUUGAUAAGCCACUAGGCAAUAACAACAACAACUACUACCGGAACACUAACAACACCAACAACAACAAUUACAACCAUAACAACAACAAUUACAACCGCAACAACAACAAAUACAACCACAACAACUACAACCAAAACGAUAACAAUUACAACCACAGAAAGGUGAACGAAGAGGAAAAUGGCCUUAGAAUGGAACGAACCGCUCUGCUCUACCAUCCGAACAUCUCGACCGCCAACAACAAGCAUCGCGUAGCGUCGGUUAUCGCUCACGAACUCGCCCAUCAGUGGUUCGGCAACUUGGUAACCAUGAAGUGGUGGACCGAUCUGUGGCUCAAUGAAGGCUUUGCCACGUACGUGGCCAGCUUGGGCGUUGAAUAUCUGCACCCGGAAUGGCACUCCCUGGAGGAGGAAUCCGUCGACAACACGCUGGGAAUCUUCAAAUUCGAUGCCCUGACCAGCAGUCAUCCGGUUUCGGUCGAGAUCGGACACCCUAACCAGAUCUCGCAGAUAUUCGACGCCAUCUCGUACGAGAAGGCAUCAACUGUAAGUUUCGUACAGAUACAAAACAAACCUAUUCAUAGCUACAGUCAUGACUUGCUGGUUGGGGGCUUAAUAGUUGGGUGGCUUUUUAGUUGGGGCCCCGUUAGUUGAGCUGUCAGCCAACUAAAAAGUACCUGGAUGUCAUAAUUCAAUGUCAAACUGAAAAUGACAACUAAUCUGUAAUUCCGAGGGGCGAGCUAAUGAGUUUUUGGUUUCUUAAACUUUACUGAUAAUCGAGAAGAAUUUCUAUUUCAUAUUUCUUAAAAAAAAAGAAUAUGUACAAUUACCGUGGUUUCGGGUGAAAUUGAUCAGUGGGGUGAAAUUGAUCGACGUGAGUACCAUUUUUGUUUGUUAAAAAUAAUGCAUUAAACUUGAAACAAUUUGUAGAAAAUGAUCAUCAUCUGGUUCAAGGGUUAUUGAAUGAUGAGUUUACAUGUUUUACAACCAAUUAGUCACAUAAUUCUGUGUUAAAUUCAAUAUUUUUCGAAACUGCGUGUUAGGCGAACUUUAAAGGCACUUCCAAACUUUUGUUACCGUAGCAGUAUCGCACAUGUAAUGAACAUUCGAAUGAAUGUUUCUAGCUGCCAAGUAUUCGCUGAA